AUGUCUUCGACCAUGCAGUCCAACACCAAUGCCGCCGCCCAGACCAGCACCGAGCUCUGGCGAUGCGCAGACCGGUCCUGCAACACGGGCCAGACUUACCUCUCCCGCGCCGAGUACGGCCGCAAAGUGGUGAGCGACUUCUUCGGCCGCAACAAGCGCGAGACGAAAGAGAUCCACGCCGAUGUCUGGCACAUGAUGUGCCGCAAGUCAUACCAGCGCAGCAAGUACGCCGCCGAGAAGGCCGGCCCGAAGCCCCUGUGCGAAUUCUACCUCGAGCACAUCAAGGCCCAGCUCGAGCGCAUCCGCUUGUGGCGCCCAGAGGCCACCUUCACCAUCCAGCUCGAGCGGCCGGCCAAGCAGCGCCUGACCCUCUACCACGACGCGUUGCGCCGCAAUGGCGGCAAUGCGGGUGAGGCGAAGGCCGCGGUCGCCGUGCAGCCGGCUCUGGGCGCCAAGGGCAAGGUCAAGCCGCUCAGCCUCGUCGACGCGGUGAAGGUCGAGCACGCCGAGCACAUCGACGCCUUCUUCUCCGGCAGCAACAAGUCGCUCGACUACCUGGUGUCCACCGUCGUGCCCUGGAUCGAAGGAGAGGUCGAGAGAGACUCGAUGGUGCAGAUGCCGCCCAUCGAGUUUCUGCUCCACAAGCCCGCCGCUGGCGAGGUGGUCCACGACCCCUCGACCAACUACGAGCGCUGGGUCGCGAGCGUCGACGGCGUGAGCUUCCCGGCCUCGGCCUCUCCUUCACCGCCGCCGAAGAAGCGCAAGUCGCCCACCAUCACCAUCAACCCCCGCCGCGCCGCCGAGCUCCUCGCGAGGCCGCCUCCCACGCUCAAGCUCAACUUCAAGAAAGCCGCCGAAUCUCUCGCUGCCUCCCCGCCCAGCAUCCAUCUACCACGCCCAGCAAGCGACCUCCCGCUGUACAGACCCCCACCGCCAAUCGGGGAGAGCAGCAAGAAGCGCAAGCGACCCGCCUCCAUCGACACCGCCCUCGCCAACGGCACCGGCACGACCGCCCCGGCCACCCCCGGCAGCGCCUACACGCUGGUCGACGUGCCUCCCAUGAUGCGUCGUGGUAUGGUGUUUGGUGGCGGUACCAAGACGUAUGUUCGUCGUGACGAGCGGGAUGGUCAUGAGAGUGAGGCUGAGUGCGAUGAGAGUCCGUUGGCGAAGAAGAGCAGAGUUGAUUGA